CGUUCGUCUGCCACUGAGGCCGCUCAUGAACAAGCCCAAGUCUCGCUGCGAUGAUCUGGGCUCUGGAUUCGUAUGGUGCAUUGUCGGUCUGAACUCUGCCCACGAGCUCGCCGCCUGGUGUGGGCGGUGGUUGGCAACGAGGCUGGCUCUCGCGAGUCUCUGCAUCUCGAUGGCGAUGGGCUGAUGGCUGGACGGCAGGUCAGUGCAGCCACAGGAGGCCGGCCGCAUGCAUUGUUCCAUUGUGCGCCCGGAUGAUUCCCUCAGUGCCAUUGAUCCGUCGAGUGCCCCCCGGCCAGAGCUAUUUUGCCGCCGUCGAGGUCCAGCUUCCCCAGGUCCUCACCAACCCGCUGAACAUGAGUCCUGGAUGCACGGACGGAUUCAUCUCCGUGAACAACCUCUACGCGACCCAAGCCCUCAACUAUCUUCAGAUUCAGACCACCAGCGCGGACGUGAACGUUUCGGGCGUAAACUCGGCCGCCAGCUCCAGCUUUUCAUUCCAAACAAUUACCGGUAACAUAUAUCUUCAGAACGCCAACAUCAACAGCCUUUCCGUCAACACAAUCAGCGGAAACGUCAAUCUUGUGCCUGUCAAAUCAACCUCACUCGAUAUCUCGACCACCAGUGGCAACAUUCAAACCACGGGCUCCGUGGCACUCCAGUAUGCUGGCUUCACCACCACAAGCGGAGAGCUCAUGGGCGACAUUGCCAUUGGAUCCCGGAUCAAGCAGCUGUCGACGAGCGGCGACGUCACUCUGAGCAUCCCCCUGACCGGGACGAUCUCGACAGCCUACGCUCUCAGCUUCCAGACAACGAGCGGCGUCAUCAAUUCUCAGUUCACGGGCCCGAUUGCCGGCUCGAUCGCGGUCGCCUCCACGUCCGGCCCUGUUCGAGUCCUUGGCGGCUCGGUCUCGGCGAUCCAGUCGACCAACUCUCAGUUUCGGGCCAGGUUGGCGGGAGCGCAUCCCCCAGCAACUUGACCAUCUCCACGGUCAGCGGACCGGUCAAUGUCAAGUUCUCGUAGGAGGGACGACGAACCGACCCAUGCCAACUCCUCUCGCUGUUGCCGCUGCUGUUGUUGCUGUUGUUGCCGCUGUUGUUGCAGUAUUGCAUCACUACCUAUUUGAAUCCAUGGCCCGUCAUCUCCAAUAAAGACCCCGUAUCCAGCGUUCCUGCUCCUCGACAACCCGCCCUGCUGGUGGUGUGGGCCGUGGUCACCGCGUGCGCUGCGGACACAGCCCGGUGGGGGUCGGUGGGAGGAGGGACAUCCACCCCAUAUCCAAA